AUGUCUAAGAAGGUGCUGCUGCUUCGAUUGGCUCCUCCUGCAGCUGGGUCGUCAUUGACAGAGAUAUAUUACCCUCCCAUCAUCGUUGUCCCUUGUCAAGGCACUGAGUCUGCCCUGUCUGACUGCAAAAACAGAGGCUCAGCUCAGGAGUACUGUGAUCACAGUGAGGAUGCUGGAGUGACAUGUUCAGAUCCCACCCAGGGCCGUCAGACGGGCAGCGGGAGAGUCUCAUUGCCCGUCAUCAUCUGCAUCAUCCUGGGAGCCCUUCUCUGCCUGCUCCUGGCCCUCCUGGCCGGGCAAGUGUGGAGCGCUAGGGCUGGGCGCAGAGGCUCCGAGAGAGCUUGGGAGCCCUUCCCUGAGGCCCUGUACGAGGAGAUCGGUUACAGCCUGGCGUGGGAGAAGCAGGCGAGGUUCAGCGGCUCAGGCUCCUAUUCAGAGGGAUCCCUGACCAAGGUGCAGCCCCAGCCCGGGGACAAUGAGGAGGAGGAUGGUCCGUGGUCAGCACCAGACGUCCCUGUCGGGCCCAGAGGUGACCCAGCGGAUGGCUAUGAUGAUGCCAGGGAGGUUUCUGACCCUGGGGAGGAUCCUGCCUCUGGUCAGGGAGACUGGGAAAUGCCCAGGGCCCCAGAGGAGGGAGCAGGACCCAGGGAUGCACCUGGAGGUGCAAAGCUGCGCUCCCAGAGAAGUGCUGGGGCCCCUGGAGCUGAGGGAGAUGCCUGGUCCCUGUCCCCGGAGAGCACAGGCUAUGACGAUGCUGACGAGGUGUCUCUGGCACAUCCCCCUGAGGACACAAAGGCUGUGACACCAGAGCUCAGUGCCCAACAGUCCCUGGGCCCCGGGCCAGGACAGCCCGUCCCUGCCGUGCAGCUGGGUGCAGCCAGGAGGGAGGAGAGGUCUGUGCAGCUGGGAGAGCCGUGAGCACCAGGGAACCGUCUGCCUUUUCCCAUGGGCAGCAGAAACAGCUGGGCAUUGCCUCUGGUUUUAUUCUCCUGUGUUUACCCCCUGC